UUUUUGUUCCGGGCUUAAGGAGGAAAAAAAAAAAAAAAAACACCGGUCAGGAUCCGGGUGGGUCCCGCCUACAUACAUUACGCCUGUUUCUCCUUGUCUCAACCGUCUCUCUCCCCACCCUACGCCAUUUCUCUCUCUCUCCCUCUGCUUACCCACCCCCAUUUUUUAGAGCUCAUUCUCGAAAGGCCCCGAGAGAGAGAGAGAGAGAGAGAGAGAGGGAGAGGAGGGCAAACUGACUGAAACGAAACGAUAUCUAACCAAACCAUAAGCGAAGUCCAUUAUUUUUCAAAGCUUGAAUUAUUUAUUUGGGCAUUAUUGAAUUAUUUGGAUUUUGUCGAUCGAGAUGAGUUCGGAUUUGGUUAGAUUCGUUGAGUCGAUGCUCGGCGUCUCGCUCGGGAGCUCUGUGUCUGACUCUGUGCUUUUGAUUGUAACGACGUCGUUUGCUUUGAUAGUAGGGUUGUUGAUCUUUUCGUGGAAGAGAUCGUCGGAUCGGAACAAAGAGCUGAAGCCUGUAGUACUUACUAAGUCGCUUGCUGUGAGGGAUGAGGAGGAUGAGGCUGAGGCUUUUGCGGGGAAAACUAAACUUACAGUCUUUUAUGGGACUCAGACUGGAACAUCUGAGGGCUUUGCUAAGGCCUUAGCUGAGGAGAUCAAGGCAAGAUAUGAGAAAGCAGCUGUUAAAGUUGUUGACCUGGAUGAUUAUGCCAUGGAUGAUGAUCAAUAUGAAGAAAAGUUGAAGAAGGAGACACUGGCAUUUUUCAUGGUUGCCACUUAUGGAGAUGGAGAGCCAACUGAUAAUGCUGCAAGAUUUUACAAGUGGUUUACUGAGGAAAAUGAAAGGGAAGUUUGGCUUCAACAGCUCACGUAUGGUGUUUUUGGCUUGGGUAACCGUCAAUAUGAACAUUUUAAUAAGAUAGCGAAGGUGCUUGACGAACAACUUAGUGAACAAGGUGCAAAACGCCUCAUUCCUGUUGGCCUUGGUGAUGAUGAUCAAUGCAUUGAAGAUGAUUUUACUGCUUGGAGAGAAUUAUUGUGGCCUGAGUUAGACCAGUUACUCAGAGAUGAAGAUGAUAUGAAUGGUGCAUCUACUCCAUAUACAGCUGCUAUACCUGAAUACCGAGUGGUGAUUCAUGAUGCUUCUGUGACAUCAUUUGAAGAUAAAUUGUCAAACUUGGCAAAUGGGAAUACUUUGUUUGAUAUUCACCAUCCAUGCAGAGUAAAUGUUGCUGUUCAAAAGGAGCUCCACAAACCCGAGUCUGACCGCUCUUGCAUACAUCUGGAGUUUGACAUAUCAGGGACUGGUAUAAUAUAUGAAACUGGAGACCAUGUGGGUGUUUAUGCUGAGAAUCAUGAUGAAACUGUUGAAGAAGCAGGGAAGUUGUUGGGUCAACCCUUGGAUUUGCUAUUUUCCAUUCACAAUGACGAUGAGGAUGGCACACCCCUUGGAAGUUCAUUGCCACCUCCUUUCCCAGGGCCUUGCACACUUCGAUCUGCUUUGUCACGCAAUGCAGAUCUAUUGAACCCCCCUCGAAAGGCUGCUUUGAUUGCUUUGGCUGCUCAUGCCAGUGAACCUAGUGAGGCAGAAAGACUCAAGUUUUUAUCAUCGCCACAGGGGAAGGAGGAGUACACCCAAUGGGUUAUUGCAAGUCAGAGAAGUCUUCUUGAGGUAAUGGCUGAGUUCCCAUCUGCAAAACCUCCACUUGGUGUUUUUUUUGCUGCAGUAGCUCCUCGCCUGCAACCUCGCUAUUAUUCAAUCUCAUCCUCCCCUAGAUUUGCUCCCAGUAGAGUACAUGUGACCUGUGCUUUAGUUUAUGGUCCAAAACCAACUGGUAGAAUUCACAGAGGGGUUUGCUCAACCUGGAUGAAGAAUGCAGUUCCUCUGGAGAAAAGUAGUGACUGUAGCUGGGCUCCAAUUUUCAUCAGGACAUCUAAUUUCAAGUUACCAUCUGACCCUUCAAUACCAAUCAUCAUGGUGGGACCUGGUACUGGAUUGGCACCUUUUAGAGGAUUUCUACAGGAAAGAAUGGCCCUGAAAGAGGAUGGUUCUCAGCUUGGUCCUGCUCUGCUCUUCUUUGGAUGUAGAAAUCGUCGAAUGGAUUUCAUAUAUGAGGAUGAGCUCAAUGAUUUUGUGGAACAAGGUGUGAUUUCUGAGUUGAUUGCUGCAUUCUCAAGGGAAGGGCCACAGAAGGAGUAUGUUCAACAUAAGAUGGUGGACAAAGCAGCACAAAUUUGGAGCAUAAUUUCUCAGGGGGGAUAUCUUUAUGUGUGUGGUGAUGCCAAGGGCAUGGCUAGAGAUGUUCAUAGGACUUUGCAUACCAUUGUUCAGGAGCAGGGAAAUUUGGACUCAUCAAAGACAGAGUCUAUGGUUAAGAAACUCCAGAUGGACGGACGAUACCUCAGAGAUGUCUGGUGACAGCUCCAAUUUUAACAUUCAAUCUUGUGGUUGUUUGCAGUAACCAUCUGAGUAUAGCAUUGAAUUUAUUCAUCUACAUUCUCAAGCUUCUUGACCAGUUUAUAUCUGCCCUCCUCAAGUUAUAGCGGGGUUGAUAAGGAUGGCAACCCAAACUUGAUUUCCUUUAAAAACUGGAAUCAUGCCCCCUACCUACCCUUUAAUCAUCUUGAACUUUUUCUUUUUCAAAUACAAGGAUCCUGUUAAUCAACGACAGUCUCCUAAAUGGAAAAAACCGAGCGGGCAAUAGCAUGUGGUUAGUUGUUAAAUGUCAAUAGACGCUAACAGGUGGCAAUGUAUGAAUCAUUGUAGUAAAAGAUGGUAAUGAAUAAACUGAAGAUUGUUCUCGAAAACGAAAACAAUGACUUAAAUUUCUGUUGUUUUUGUGAA